AUGACAAAUAAGAUCACUCAAAUUCGAUAGUAAUGUCUUUUUCGUCGAACGUUUCCAAUCGAAAACCAAUAAAGUGCAAUAUUUUGAGCCGCAAAGCACGGUAGUGACUAAACGGUGGGGAACCGUCCACCUUUUGCUAUCAUCCUUCUGUCCUGCUCACAAUCAGAGACUUUAUAUUCCGCUGACAAGCGCUGGAAGCACCAGAACAAGCGAGGAACUCGACCGAACGAGCGUAUAAGCGAUUAUUUACAUUUUUUUAUCUACUAAUUUUUUUCACCAAUCUUGCAAUUUCCGCGAUUUGAGUGCAACGAAAUGGGUGUGAAAAUUGGUGUUUUCUUCUUACUGGCGAUUGCGGCAUGUGUCUCCUCACUGCCAGCUCGUCCAAGUGAUACAGAACUGAUCGACCCUAAAUAUGGCAACCAACCAAUCGUCGACACCGGCGUGAUCAGUGCCGGCGGUGGAGGUUUCUUUGACAACUCCUUCGACAUUUUCCGCAGCAUGGAGAGCGCCAUGAGGCGAAUGCGAGAACAGAUGGGUGCUCUUCUGAACCGCUUCGGGACAAGCAAUGGUACCAUCGCGGAUGUUGAUGAUUUCUCCGGUUUUGGACUACCCGCCAUCCCGGACCUAGAUUUGGGUAAAGGGAAUACCACAUCCGUCACCAAGGUUAUUGAUGGUCACAAAGUGGUGAUCAACGAAACCAAAUACAGCAACGAGAACGCAAACGGUGGUGCCUUCUUCAAAGUUCGCGUAAUCGAGGUGAAACCUGAAAAUCCAGGUCAGGAACCGGGUGCAGCCACCAAUACCACUCCAAGGGACGUCGAACCACUCGAAAACAGCAAAGAAAACGAAAUCUCCAAGCAGGCAGGAAACGAGGCUCGCUAUGGGAAACUAGAACGUCUUGAUGACCCCGAUUACACCUUUCCCAGUAAAAUUGCUCCCUUUCGCAAUCAAUGGGGUCAAAUCGAAGAGUUUGAUGGAGAUAACAGCAUCGACGGGCCUGUUGCACAACCAAGGAAGCCAUACGACCUAAGUAGUGACGUUAACGUCAACUACAUCCUCGCCAAGAGGCAUUACCCGAUCAAUCCAGAUUCGGAAUUCAUUGGCACUCAUAACAGAAUCGAACCGGUUGGCAAGGAACGUGAUUUAAGCCAUGAUAUCUGGAUAAAUCAAUUGAUGGCAGACCAACCUUACGUUCCAAAUCCAGACGUGGAAAUCUUCCAGCCAAACAAUCCAAGGAGGUUUGAAAAAUUCAUAAAUCCUCGAUAAGAUUAAGAUUGCAUGCUUGCUAUAAGAAGAGGCUAAACAUUUACAGGGUGUCCUAAGUGGAAAUGGCGGUAAACAGCUUCGAUUGUGAUAAAUUUGGUCUGUUUGAACGAAUUUUUUCGAUUAAUGUCGUAAAAGACUGACUUAUAUUUUGUUAUUUAUACAUUUUAUGAAGGCCAUCGGAAGUAUGUACUAUGUACUGAACUGCAAUUGCAGUGACAGAAAAUGUAUUCUUUAGAGAUUGACUGGCCAAGUUUGUGUAAUUUCUUUAUGAUGACGUUUAUGAAUGAAAUUAUUUAAAAAAUAUGCCUAAUCUGAAUAUAUUGAAAUAAUAUUAACGUUCACCUCUAAAUAUCCAACGAAUCCGAUAUAACUAAUUUAAAAUAAUUAUUAAGUAAUGUAAUACACUGUAGCUAUUUAUCUAUAGCGUUCCUAAUUUAUUUAAAAUAAUUAAAAACAUGUUAUCCUGAAUAA